UAAACGACAAGUCAGAGCGUCUAACAAUUUUCAGAAUCCAAAGUCUAGAAACAGUUGGCGCACCGGUGUAGUCAAUUCUGUGGUCAGUGCGUGCAAACAAUCAAUAUGAUCAUUAUUCUAUUAGUAGUUAUAUUUAUCGUCGCUUUCUACUUUUACUCUGUGAAGAAUCACGACUACUGGGCGAAGAAGAACGUGAAACAUGUUCCCCCAGUGCCGCUGUUCGGAAACCAUCUGCCCAACCAACUCGGACAGAAGAGCAUCACUGAAAUAAGUGUGGAGUACUACAAUAAAUUCCCUGGAGAAAAAGUUGUAGGUUACUACAGAGGGACGACCCCAGAACUUAUCGUGAAAGAUCUAGAUAUCACAAGGAAAAUCUUAACAGUAGAUUUCCCAUACUUCUACAAACGUGGUAUCGGUCGCUACCCAGAGGUCGAACCGAUAUUUGGGAACCUGUUUCACGCAGAAGGAGACAGAUGGAAGCUGCUGCGCCAGCGGCUGACCCCCGCGUUCACGACGGCCAAGCUGCGCGCCAUGUUCCCGCUGGUGGUGCGCUGUGCUGAGAGACUUCAGGAUGUAGUGACGGAGCUGGCUGGCCGCGGGGCCACGUACGACGCACGCGAGCUGAUGGCGAGGUUCACCACCGAGUUCAUCGGCGCCUGCGGCUUUGGCAUCGAAAUGGACACCAUCAAUAACGAACGCUCCAGCUUCAGAGACCUUGGCAAAAGAAUUUUCAACCGUCAACUAAGAAAUAAAAUUUUAAUGCCGUUUUGGGAAAUAUUCCCUGAAAUAAGACAUAUUUUGAGAGUCGAAAACGAUGACAUUGAAAAAACCGUGACUCUUAUCUUGGAACAGAUUCGGAGGCAGAGGAAUUACCAACCCAUUGGGCGCCACGACUUUAUUGACUUGUUGCUGGAAUUAGAAAAGAAAGGUAAAAUUAUCGGAGAAUCAAUUGAAAAGGUCCAUAAAGAUGGAACUCCAGAGCAGGUUGAGAUGGAAAUGGACAUUGAGUGUCAAAUGGCUCAGUUAUUUGUGUUCUUUGCCGCUGGUUUUGAGACCUCUUCCUCCGCUACCAGCUACACCCUUCACGUGCUCGCAUUCAAUCAGGAGACGCAGCGGAGAAUUCAAGAAGAGAUCGACACUGUUAUGCAAAAAUAUGACAAUAAGCUUUCUUACGACGCCAUAGCCGAGAUGAAUCUGUUAGACAUGGCAUUUAGAGAGGCUAUGAGAAUGUUCCCGUCUCUUGGCGUAUUAAAUAGAAUUUGCACGAGAAAAUACGAGAUCCCAGAACUCGGUAUCACAAUUGACCCUGGCGUGAGGGUUUUGAUCCCGGUGCAGGCCAUCCAUAUGGACGAGAAGUAUUACGACAAUCCUACAGAGUUUAGGCCUGAGAGAUUCACACCUGAAGCGAUGAAAGAUCGACACAACUUUGCAUAUUUAGCAUUCGGUGAAGGACCGAGAGCAUGCAUAGGCACUCGUCUGGGACAUAUGCAGUCUCUAGCUGGGUUAGCGGCUCUUCUGCACAAGUUCAACAUAGAGCCAGCAGAGGACUCGCAAUUGAAGAUCAAAGUCAACCCUUACUCCAACGUGGUGCAGAGCAUCGCGAAGGGACUACCACUCAACUUCAGGCCUAGAAAACUUCAUACUCAGUAGACUAAGUUAAGUUAGACUCGAUUAACAUGUGAUUUAGGGACUGCUACAAGCACGUCACUAUGGUAUAUCCUAUAGGUACGUACGUAGCUUUCGCGUAGGUAUGCUACCACUAUAUUCUCUUUUUACAAAAGAUUUACAAGGUAUUUUUCUCCAUGGAAAAAUAUAUUAUGUACCCAGUGAUUACAAUGUAAGUAAACAGAGAUUGGCGCGAUCUCUACAUAUUGGACGACUAUAAAAUACAGUCUGUAAUAUAAUAGAUAAAGGAAUAAUACUACGUAUAGAACGGCAACUCUCCGCUCCCCACCAGUAGCUGAGCUAGAUAUACCUUCCCCCUCCCCCGCGGUCUUACUUUAGUCUUCAAUCGUAUGACGUCAGACAUGAGUCUCUGUGUAAAACUGGAUGUUUUGUAUGAACUGUCCGGGUUGUGAUAAUAUAACAAAAAUACGGACUUACUAGUUUUAUUUUUUAUAUGACCUAUUGUAGAUUUGCCGCAGAUGGCAUUAACUACUUGGCCGGAACACUGACUAGCGCCACAGAAUACAUAGUGCAUUGUUAGUGUUGGCAGCACUUUAUACUUUACUUUUAGACUUGCCUUAUUUAGCCGAUACAAAGCUCCUGUUUUUGUAACUGAUAAAUACCAUCUGAUAAGAUAACCGAUCGAUUUAUGAGAUGAUCUUCUGUCGUGUCGGUUGUAUUGUAAGGUCAGUAGCCGACAUUAUGAACACUACUGACUGCCUUUCAGCACUAAUUUAAGAGCCAUGCUCUUGUCGGUGUAGCAUUCCUCUCCAUGCUACUUUUUAGGAAACAAUAGGGCGGUGGUUUCCCUCUUGCCUUCUGCCCCGCAGUACUCUGUCUGACGCGAGUGGGAUGGCGCUCAGAGUAGUCUAUUUCAAAGCCGUACUAGGACUCCUGUCCUCCGCCUCUGAAUAGUACUGACAGUUACUGCUAGCCUCUAUCAUGUUCCAGCUUAUAGUCCCUGACUUGCCCCUUCGGUCGUGCAUUGCCGUACCGAUGGCUCCCAUCUCUGCCUCCGCAACCGUCUUCACCUGUAUCCCUGGGCAAGGGUUCUACGUUGUACCCCGUAGGUCUGGGUCCCUAUCCGAACUAAGCCACCAUCUCAUUAUCAUCCGGCCUACUGAAGUAAGAGGCGCCCACUCCCGUGUGCGUCAAGCUAGCGGCCUCAAAAAAAAAAUGGGCACGAAAAAAUAAUUUGACCAUACCAAAAAAUAGUACUCUUAUUGAAAAAAAUAGUACCUGUUGUAAAAAAAAUAGUACCAUCACGCUUCUGGAUUUAUAGCCAUGUUUUAUUGCACUUGCUAGCUUGACGGUGAGCGAAAUUUGGCGAGAGUUAACGACAAGGUCUUUCGCUUUGAUUUAAACGCCAAAAAAUAGUACCGAAAUAGUACUCACCCCCUGCAAAAUACCGAAAUGAGUACUUCAACGGUUCCAAAGUUAUAAAGGCAGUUCUUUGAUCCCGCUAGCUUGACGUUUUGAAAAUACCUAUUAUCUAGGGAAGGCUUGCAUACUUCAGUUUGUAACUAAUGUCAAUAAACUCGUAUGAAAUAGUACUCCCUACCAUCAUAAUUUGGACCUGAUUCUCUUUGUAGAAAUAUGUCAAAAAGUCAUUAUAACCUAUGUCAUACAUUUAUCAAGACAGGUACAGUCGCGAACAAAAUUAGUACACAUGCUCAAGAAGAAUGUUGUCAGAUUUUAGUAUUUUUUCCCCAUUUUUGGGUAAAAAUUGGUGAAGUGUCAGGGUUGUCAGAUUAAAGUAAUAUCAUUGUUGAAACUCUUUGAGUUAUUCUACAAAUACUGCAAAUUGUUUAUUAACAAACACUUCGAUCCGUAACAAAUUGAACAUGAAGGUAUAAAUUAUAAAAUAAAACAGCAGAUUAAAAAUGUAUUAUGAUGUAUUAAAAUCACAGAUUGUUUUCAAUAAGAACUAGACCCAUGCAGCCAUUUUUUAUUUAAAUUAUUGCAUAUGGGUGUAUGCAAUAGCAAUUUUUUGUAAUAGCAACACUCUGAAGUGCAAAGAAAUGGUAGGGUAGACCUCCAAAAUGGCAAUACUGGCGAUGGCAAUACUUACGAAUAAAUUGUGAGGUUAUGUAAUUGUCUACGUGACUGUAUCAACAACAAAUGUAUGGCAUAGGUUAUGAUGAUUUUUUAACAUAUUUCUACAAAGAGAAUCGGAUCAAAAUUAUGAUGGUAGGAAGUACUAUUUCAUACGAGUUUAUUGACAUUAGUUACAUACUGAAGUAUGCAAGCGUUCCCCAGAUAAUAGGUAUUUUCAAAACGUCAAGCUAGCGGGAUCAAAGAACUGCCUUUAUAACUUUGGAACCGUUGAAGUACUCAUUUCGGUAUUUUGCAGGGGGUGAGUACUAUUUCGGUACUAUUUUUUGGCGUUUAAAUCAAAGCGAAAGACCUUGUCGUUAACUCUCGCCAAAUUUCGCUCACCGUCAAGCUAGCAAGUGCAAUAAAACAUGGCUAUAAAUCCAGAACCGUGAUGGUACUAAUUUUUUUACAACAGGUACUAUUUUUUUCAAUAA